CUCCGGGACACUCCAUCAGGGAGACAAACGCACUUCGGGUUACCCAGCAGCUAAUUUAAGCUAACCUAAGCUAACGACUCAGACAAACGGGCUAACUCAGACCUGAUCCUAACCAUAGGGGGUCCUGGUCUGGGAACGGACUCUAUUGGACUCUGAAGGUCUCCGGCUGCUAAAGAAAACGGUAACAAAACCAGAAUCUGGACCGGAACACUCUCGCGAGCCCAUUAAACUAACUGCGUAAAAACGGAACUGUCGCAGGGUGAUUACGUCACACUCUCUCAGCCUCAGAGCGGUCUGCGUCAUAGACUAUGGUCUGCGUAUAGAUAUAUACACACUAGAUGACUCGCAGGCUGUCAGCCAAUGGAGACCGCCGUCCGCGCAUGGCAGCCACCUUGCUUCAGGCAGCUCGCCCACUCCUAACAUUCCAGUCUACGGUUCAUGUAUCAUUCAAAUAACCAUAGAUUGAUCAAUUUUAAACCGAUUUUCCAACGGUUUGGUUUGUAACAAACCUCAGAGUUUUAGUCAUGUUCCUGCAUACUCUAGAAUAAUUUUUACCAUGGAUUUUCAUAAAUAAACAUUAAACAGAUAGGUAGAGCAAUAGCUAUAGGCGUACACACACAAGGCAGUUUUAUUCAAUCAUUAAUAUAUAAACUAUUUAUUAAUUCUGUGUAUGUUAAAUUAGUAAUAUUUCUAUUAUAGCGAUAACUAUAAUAACAUAUAACAAUAACAUAUAUAAAUAUUUAUUUUAAUAUAAAUUUCUGCCUCAUGUUGUCAUUAUAGAUGUUUUUAACAAACCAAACAGUUUGGAAAUCAUGUGCAAUUUAAGUUAUGCUGAGAUGAAAGAGCAUUUCUGCCUCUCCAACUAAUGUGAAACUGCUGGGUCAACUUUGUAAUAUGUACUUGGCCUCACUCACAGCAAGUGUGUUAGCCAAGUUAGACAGCUGAUAAACACAAGCACAUCCAAAAAGACUGUCACUUAGACUAAAUAGCAUCCCCGUACAUAAAGCAUCCCGACUCAUAGACACGUUAUCAAGGUCUGUAAUAAACUAAACCAUUUAUGAAUCUGUCAAGAUUUCAGCGAGUUCAUUUUGUUUUUAAUCCUGUAGGUUACUCACCUCCCGUCAGCUACCGUAGAGCGGACCAGAAUGAUAUACUGGAGUAAGAAGGCCGCCGUGCAGGGACGCCGGUAACUUCGCCUCAUAGAGUCAUCUGGCCUUUCUUAUAGAUAUCUAUGUGCGUUCCCACCACGAGGGGACGCUAACCGGAAACAUCCAGCCAUGACGCGUGACCUUUGACCAAAGGGACACCACCGUGAUGGAGGAAAGCAGCAAACGGAGCGAACAGAGAAAAGAAAUGGAGAAAGAGAGAAAGAAAGGAGAGAAAAAGAGGAGAAAAGAGGAGGAGGAAGAAGAAGAGGAGGUAACACACACACACAAAUACAUUUAGUCUUUGACGGAGAGAGAGACAGCAGCCGGUAUGCUAACAUGUUGUGCUAACAGGGAGCACGAGGACCAAACACCGAAACAUUCAGAGUCCGAAAACCUAAAACUAAAACUCACCUGAGACCAAAACUCACCUGAGACCAAAACUCACAUGAGACCUGGAGGGGGUCAUCAUUUUUUCUCUUUUUUGCUCGUCCUAUUAAACUACUCCUACUACUUUUACUACUAACUACUACUGCUACCACUACUUCUAAUUCAACAACUACUUCUACUGCAACUAAAUAACCCUACGCUUUCAACGACUACCACUGCUGAUUACAAUCCAAACUCUGUUUCGAACGCACCAACCAAACCACUGCCCAAUACAACCCACAAAGCACUGAGUUUUUGUUGUGCUUUUAUUUUGAAAAAUGACACGCUAAAUGAACCAAGCACGUUACCUGUGUAAUGCAAGGCCCCGUUUGUCAUUGGUCACAUGGUUUUCAGCAAAGCGGGGCUUUGUCAGACUCGCCCCCUUCAUACUCGGUACACGCCUCGAAGCCUCGGCUUCAAGCGUCCUAUCACUACUUACAGGACCAGGUCCAGUUUUGAGUUCUGGUCCAGUUUUGAGUUCUGGUCUAGCUUUGAGUUCUGGUUUUGAGUUCUGGUCCAGUUUUGAGUUCUGUUCCAGUUUUGAGGGCGGAUCUUGGCGUUUGUCUGAUGGUCUUGUGUUCUUCUUCCUCAGAUCUUGAUCUUUAACCACAAAUCUGCUGAGAAGGAGAAAGAGGAUGAAGAUCUGUCUGACAGCGAGGACAGCGUCUUCUCAGGACUGGAGGAUUCUGGGAGCGACAGUGAAGAUGAUGAUGAUGAUGAUGAAGACCUGAAGGUGGAUCAAAACCUUUCCCAGCAGGUAAAGAGUGUUUCCAAAACCUGGACCUGAACCUGCUCCCAAAGUUCUCUCCCAGGACAUCAGCUGUUUCUGUUCUUCUGCAGAAGGAGGAAGAAGAAGAAGAAGAAGAAGAAGACGUUCAGUCAUCCCUGAAAAAAAAGGACGAGGAAGAGGAGGUGAAGAGAGACGA